CGCGCCGUCGCCCCGCCCACACGCCGCCAGCCUCGCGUCUGUCGUCGCUCCGCGCCUGCGCCCGUUGUCUCCCUGGUUGCGCCGGGUCUUCGCGCCGCGCCAUGUGGGCUGUGGCGGGUGGGCUGUGGGGCUCCCGCGCGGGUCUCCGGGGCCUGCUCCGUUGCCGUGAUGCUGCGCUUCUUCCAGGCUGCGCGCGGGGAGUGCACGGCUCUGCUGUCUUCUGCAAGAACUGGCUCAAGAAAUUUGCCUCGAAAACCAAAAAAAAGUUUUGGUAUGAAGGUCCUUCCUUGGGCUCUCACUUGACUCACAAACCAUCCAAGAUGGAAUUCCUCGUGAAGACCACCUCAAAGAAAACCAGGAAGGAAGACCAUGUGCGCGUGAGGGCCCUGAACGGUCUCCUCUAUAAGGCACUGACAGACCUGCUGUGCACUCCGGAAGUGAGUCAGGAGCUGUAUGACCUUAACGUGGAGCUCUCCAAGAGUGACCUGUGCGGGGUGGGGUGUCAGGUUUCCCUGACUCCGGACUUCUCAGCCUGCCGAGUGUACUGGAAGACAACGCCCUCUGCCGAGCAGAACGCACACAUGGAGGCUGUCCUGCAGAGAAGUGCCGCGUCCAUGAGGCACCUCUUGAUGUCCCAGCAGACCGUGAGGAAUGUGCCACCGAUAGUGUUUGUUAAAGACAAGAAAAGUGCAGCUCUCGCUGAGCUUGACAAGUUACUGGCAGUCGCAGACUUUGGACCCCGGGAGGAAAGAGACGACUUUGUACAAAAUGAUUUCAGGAUGGUGCAUCUAGACUGUGCUGGCCAAAUGCUUCUGAUGCUGGAGAACGCUGAAACCACAGCCCACCUUCCUUCACUCCUGUCUCCAGUUACCUCAGACAGACGUUGGGAGGGUUCUCAGGGACGCCGAUGCCCCGCAAUCCUGUGGCACCGCAGAGCCGGCCACGAGCUCCAGCGUGUGUGGUAUCAAUCAUGAGGCGCUCAACAAGCAGAUUAUGGAGUACAAAAGGAGGAAAGAUAAAGGGCUCGGGGGCCUGGUGUGGCAGGGGCAGGCGGCUGAGCUGACAACGCAGAUGAAAAAGGGAAGGAAGAGGGCCAGGCCCCGCCUGGAGCAGGACAGCUCCCUCAAGAGUUACCUGUCGGGCGAGGAGGUGGAAGAUGAGCCGGACCUCGUUGGUGCCCCGGAGUACGAAUGCUACGCCCUGGACACAGAGGAGUUGGAGGCAGAGGAAGGAGGUGGCACAACGGAGGACAGCCACGGCUGCAAUGCAAGCAGGGAGUAGAUGGAGAGGCGUCAGCUCUGCCCAUCCCACGUUCGCAGGGAAAAGCAUUGGCACGUGCUGCCGCAUGUGGCUUUGUUGAGGCAGUUGAUGGAGUUAAAACCAUCUGCUCUUCUGUUACGUCGACGUUUUCUAGCUUUUCCGUGUAUCUAAACACAGUUUGCUGCAGAAGUCACUGUUGUUUUUUUCCAUACACUGUGUGUAAUGUAAAAAAUAAAUGGCCAUCUUACCACAGAUUCUCACAAAAAGAAA